CCCAUUGGAGAGUAAAUUCCAAGAUAGCGAGAUCGAGUGUCAAAUGCUUAUCGAGCUCUACUUAUAAACGUUACAAAUCGAGUUCGUAAUGGGAGCGCGAGCUAAACUUCACGCAUUCCUUUGGAUAUCACCUGGCGGCUUCGUGAAGACCGCCUCGAGAGUGAGCGCUCCCCACUCACACUACGAAAAUGGGUCGCCGAUAUACCUCGUUCAGCUCUGGGGUCUGGAUGCACUACAUUGUCAGAAUUCUACGGCCGAACACAUCCGACAGACAGCCCGAAUCGCAAAUAGGGGUUUGUCCUGCCAUAGCGGCUCAGGGGCUCGGGGUCUGCAACUCCAGGGCAUGUCCCGAUUCGGCAUACACAGUCAGCCUGAUUGCUUUUCAGCCGCCAGUUGAGACAAUGGAAUCACUUGUAACACACCAACGAAAAUGAGCUCUUCCGCCGCGCACAGCUAUUCCAACCGAAAGAAGAUUCUGUCGCUGACCUUGAUGUUUAUCC